UUGUAAUGUCAUUUUCUAGUGUCCGGAGAGGAUAGUUGUUUACAUUUUGCUUUGUAUUUUAUUCAACAUAGAAAAUGCCCCAAGAAUACGACUCAAAAAUUAAUAUGCACUUAGACAUAAACAAUGGUUUAGACAGGGUAACUGAAUUGGUCCAGACUAGGUUGAUUGAAAGUGGUUGGAGGGAUCAAGUAAGACUCGCAUGCCGGAAGGCUAUCAUGGAAAAUGGUGAAAAACACAUUCCUACAGUGGAUGAGUUAAUAGCACAAGUUACACCAAAAGCAAGAUCCUUGGUGCCGGAUGCAGUGAAGCGAGAACUGUUACAUGAAUUAGAAGUUAUUUUAGUUAAUGUUGAUAAAUCAGGAUACAGUAAAAACUUUUGAAAACAAAGCAGUUGUGGCAAGACAAUUAUCUGAAAAUUCUUGAAUACUUGUUUUAUGGGUAGCAAUAUUCUCAAGAACAAGUUUGAAGAAGACGAAGAAUAUUAUUAUUGAAUCGUUUAUUGCUCUCAACAGCAUAUAGCCAUUUGAAGUUAAAAAUAAGUAGUAAUAAUGAUGACAAGAACACAAUCAGGUGUUUGAAUUGAAAUGUAUAUGUUGAUAUUGAUUUUAUAGGAAACUCAAUAUAAGAUUUGUUCUAACAGUAAAA